GAAUAUAAAAUAAUUUUACUACUUAAAACUGUACUAUAGAUACAUACAUCUCAUUAAAAUUUGUAAAGAGGGAGUGUUUUAAGUCACAUAACUUCAAAUUUUCAAAUUCGAAAUUUCUCAAGUACAGCACAUUCUUAAUUCAAUAUCAUCGUGUCAAUGAACAUCUUUAUGCAAAAUUUGCUUAAAAUUACAUUCAUGGUUAAAGAGAUGUAAUAAUAAUUAGUUAUUUAAUUAUGAAGGAGAACUCUGUGAUUACUUAUUCAUGUCUUCAUAAAACAAAUUCUGUAAUUAUUUAUGUAAAGACACUUCAUUUUUCAUCACUAUGUUACAUAUGCUGAAAUGUUUUUCUAUUUAUAUAUGUAUGUAUAAAAUUAUAUAUUGUAAAUAUAUUUCUUCAAAUUGUUAAGAAAUUAAAUAAUUUUGUUAAUACUGUUCAUACUACAUGAAUCUGGGUAUUCCACAAGAUUGAUAAUUUAACAAUUGACUUUUGUGUAUUACAAAUAAUCGAACAAGAUCAUAUGAAAAUUAUUUCUGUAAAAAAAAUUAUUAGGAGAGAUAUUUUUCAUAUACAUAAAAUAUCUUGAAAAAUACCUUAAAAAUAAUACAAUGUGUUAAAUCAAACAAUAAAAAUAUAUUGAAUUUUACAUUCCAUGUGCAUACUAGGUGUCAGAAAUGUUUCCCUUUAGACAUAUUCUGUAUUAAAAAAUGUGUACCUAUAUAUAACAUUUAUAUGGAAAAGUAUUUCUGGCAUCCUAUGUAAAAUUUCUAUUUAACUAUACACCCUCUUUUUUCAUUCUCUCUUCCGAACAAUUAUAUUUACAAUUAUACUUUCAUAUUAUUUUAAUACAAAAAGUGCAGAAUAAUAACUCUAUUUCGUUUUAACUGGCAAUAUAAUAUGAAUGAGAGUAUACGUAUAUGAAUAUGAAUGAUUUUUCAGUACUACCAAGCACUCUGGGAACAUACAGAAAAGUAAAAAGAGACGAAAAGAGUAGGACUGCUGAUCAGCUGUUUUAAGAUGACAGCUGAUCUAGUGCGCUGCAGACGCGGCUCGCGAUGUAAUAGUUACGGGACUGUGUUUGUAAGUGCGCGUGUUACGAUAGAGAACAAUAAUUGUUGUUGAAGAAUGGCUACAAGAAAUUUGACGGAACCUUUCGUUCUGAUGCGAAAUAAUGCCUUGCAGACCAGGCACAUCUAUGCCGAACAAAAUCUUACUGAUCGAGUGGCACUGGUGGAAUCGGACUCCGGUGGAUCCGACAAUGUCGAGUUAAAAGGCGUGAGCGCGAAUAGCAGUGCACCGCCUGUCUGGGCGGACGCCUUGGAAGAGACACAGUACAUCUUGAACAAAUUACGUGUGAAAAUAGAUAGCUUGGUGGAGCUGCAGUCCAAGCAGCUCACCAGACCUACUUUGGACGAUACGUCUCAGGAAGAAAGACAAAUGGAACAAUUGACACGAGAGAUUGGACGUGCAUUCUCUAAUGGCUAUAGACAAGUACAAACAAUUAAGUCAGCUGGCAGGCAUGAAACUAAGCCUGCUGAACGUCGGCUAGCUGCUAGUGCAGUAAUGGCCCUUUCAACUGCCUUACAAGAAUUAGGUCUUCGAUAUAGAUCAGCACAGAAUCAUUACUUGACACAGGUGAAAUCGAGAGAAGAGAGGAAUAAUCAGUUCUUCGCGGAAGAUCAGUCUCUUUUAGAUAAUGUAGCAACCGAUUCUUGGUUGAUAGAAUCAAAUGAGGCAACUGCUGAUUAUUGGCAGAAAAAUGAGCAAAGACAGGAUUCGGUUUUAUUGCAGUUGGAGGAAUCUGAAGAUAGAAUAAAAUUAGCAUUGGAAAGAGAAGAACAGAUUGGAAGUAUAGUUCAAAGUGUAGCAGAUUUAAAACACAUUUUCAAGGAUCUUGCAAUAAUGGUAGAGGAUCAGGGUACUAUUUUAGAUCGGAUUGAUUAUAACAUCGAGCAAACGCAGGUGCAAGUACAGGAGGGUUAUAAACAAUUAAAGAAAGCCGACUCAUAUCAAAAGGCUAAUAAAAAAUUGUACUGCAUCGUUGUUCUCGCGGCUGCUAUUAUAUUGCUUAGCUUUCUGUUUAUCAUAUUUAAGACAUAGAAGUAUUUAUAAUUAAAAUAAAUGUAAAAAUAUAGAUGAUACAUUUGUUGGUGUUUAUCAUUGUGUUCCAUAAAAUUAACUUUAUAGAAUCUGUUGUAAUGAUGGAAAGUUAUUUUAUGAAGAUAGUAUAUGCAGUCUUUUCUCAGAUAUUAUACCAACAAAAAGACAACGUAUUCAAAAAUUAUGCCAGAUCUUUGUUUAUUUUAUUUAUUUCCGAAUUAAUCUAUUAGAAAUAUUUAACUAUAAAUUAUAUUAAUCAUUUUAAUUAAUAUUGAUCCCCGUUUGUAUAAACCAAUUUUAAAACAGUAUCAUUAUUUUAAGUAGCCAUUUUUAAUUUUUACAAUGCAUGUUAAAAAUGAUUGUAGAAACUUAUAUAAUAAAUAGAAUAAUUUAUUUACCUCACACUUAACUCUAUAUUUUUAUAGUGUAAAGUCAUAAAUUAUUUUUAUUUACAUGUGAUAUAUCGAUAGAAAAUACUGCAGUACGAUUUUUUAUAUCUGUAUUGUAAACUGUUCUAGAUUGUGUAGAUGUCUACAAUUGUUAAAUAAGAUCAUUCCAUGAUAAUAAAAAAAUGACUGGUUA